UAUGUGAUCUCUUUUAACCAACCCGUAUCUUCCAGAGUUUUCUCUUUAUAUUACAAAGACACACACACACACACAUAUAAAGAUUCAACCAUUCAGCAAAAAGAGAGAAGGUGAUGGCAGGGUUACAGAGAUCCUCAGUUUCAUUCAGGAGACAAGGCUCAUCAGGUCUCAUAUGGGAUGACAAGUUUCUGCAGUCAGCUGAAAUAUUGGAUGAAACAAACCACAAAAAAGACAACAACAACAAUCAUGAACAACAACAACAGCUCAAAGAGGCCAAGCCUCCCAGAGCCGUCCGAUCAAUCAACACACUAGAUCGGAGCCGAUCCAACGGAGGAGGAGGACGCGGGUUCCGCACCGGCAGGGUCUCUCCGGCCAUAGAGCCGUCGUCCCCAAAGGUUUCUGCAUGUGGGAUUUGCAGUGCUUUCGGAAAAGCAGAAAAGCCUCGCCGUCGAGCAAAGUCCGCUAAGCGCAGAACAUGAAAAUUGAAAAUUUCAAUGUGUUUUCAUUGCCGCUGGUGGUGUUUAUUGGUGCCGGAGGUCGGAUAUUCCGGUGAUCAUGCCUUAUUUUGAUGGUACAUGUUUGCUAGUUUGAUUAUAAUUUAGUUUAUUUCAAUUGGAAUGAGGUCUAAGAACUUUGAAACCAUGAACAAAGAAACACAUAGAAUGUUUUUUACUAUUUGUUUUUAUUUUUGCUGUUUUCAUGUUGUUCGUUUUAGAGAUGUUUUUGUGAUUUGAUGAUGUAAUUUAUGUGUAUAUUGUUGUUUUAGCUAUCUUUUGAAACAUGAAUUUCUCUUUUUCUCCCUAAAAAGGAGAAACAACAGAUGUAUGGAACGAUACAGUUGGAUCAGUAUUAUUAAAUAAUAUGUGUUCAUUUUAAA